AUGGCAGGAUGGGGACCCCGAGCAGCACCUGCCAGGCUGCUUCCAGGCCCAUCCCAGGAGCCAUCACCCACUAAAAGCCCAUUUCGAGAGGCACAGGGGCACAGUGCUCUCCCUCACCCACCUUACUUCAGCCCAGCUGAGCACAACCAGGAGAGAAGUGUUUGGUACCUUCACAGGGACUCUAUGAUCAAGCACCAGGCCCAGAAAGCUCCCCCUGGGCAGCACAGGCACUGUGGGCAAUGUUUCAGCCGGCACUGCCGCGCACCCAUUGAGAUCUCCGUGUCCUGCAUGGUGAUCAGCUGCCAGCUCCACUGUGGGGCCACCUUCCAUAUGUGCAAGGAGGAGGAGCACAAAUUACUCUGCCCCUUGGAGCAGGUGUCCUGCCUCAACUCAGCCUAUGGCUGCCCUUUCUCCAUGGCCCGCUUUAAGCUGGGGAAGCACCUCCAGGUCUGUCCAGCCAGUGUUGUCUGCUGCUCAAUGGAGUGGAACCGCUGGCCAAAUGUGGAUUCGGACACAACCCUGCACAAGAAUAUUAUGAGAGAGACCUUGAAUGAAGAAUGUCUGGACACAGCUUUGGCACUCAGAGACCAGAAAAUACUUUUCAGGACUUUGAAAGUAGCUGAAUUAUUUCCAGAAUGGAGGAAAAAGGAUGAACUGGAAGAACUAAUGGAUCAAGCGAUGGGUGGGGAAGCAGGUGCUGUGGGAGGAGCUGCCUGUGGUUCCCAAGAGGGCAAUGACCAGUUUGAGCUCAGCCAGCGUGAGCGGGAAGAUUUGGCAAAGGACAAGGAGGGAAUGGAUCUGGGGAGUUACAAAACCUGGGAGAACAUUUUCAGCAAAGAGCUUCUGGCUUGCCAGGUAACGGGCUCAGCAACCAGCACAGGACAAAAGACGGAGGAGGCUACUAAGAAAACAGCAUCAGCCUCUCAUGAGGCCAGCUCCACAGGGAAGGCCAAGGAAGAACCUGAUGGUGCAGAAGAGGGAAAGAGCCAAAAGCCUGAACAAGUUACACCAAGUAGAGUACUGAAUGGACUGGCUCCCUGGCAAGAAGGGGUCCUGGAGAGGCUGAAGAAGGAAGUGAGCGUAGCUGAUUACAACAUGUAUCUGGUACAUCACGGAGGAAUGCUCAUCCGCUUUGGCCAGAUGGCUGCUUGCACUCCUAGAGAAAAAGACUUUGUCUAUGGGAACUUGGAAGCCCAGGAGGUGAAGACUGUCUAUACCUUCAAAGUGCCAGUUAGUUACUGUGGCAAAAGAGCGCGACUAGGAGAUGCACUGGGCCACAAGAUGCCAACUUCAGACAAGUCAGUGGAUACUUCAGAACUGGGAAUAAAUGUAGAAGAACUACCUAAGACAAACAUAGUUGAAGCCACACUGCUCUGUGCACUGGAAAAAGAGCUGAAAGGCCAUGAGAUCUCUGAAGCAAGAGGUAUUGAUGGACUCUUUGUGGAUUUUGCAACACAGACAUAUAACUUUCCUUUGGAGCCCUUCUCCUCCAGUGCAGUUCUAGCAGAUAUUCUGGAUGAAAACAGCCCACCAGAACUGCACAUGGAGCUCUACACUGAAUCUGUAACCAGAAGACACAACAAAAGCAGUUCAGCUUUCACAUUCACUUGCAGCCAUUUCUUUAGGAGGGAUGAGUUCCCAUCCCACUUCAAGAAUGUGCAUGCUGAUAUUCAGUCAUGCCUGGACGGAUGGUUCCAGCAUCGCUGCCCACUGGCUUAUUUGGGAUGUCCUUUUGUCCAAAAUCACUUCCGCCCCGAGGGACUUAAGACCAAGGUUAUUUACAGCAAGCCUCUCAAGACAUUUGCUAUUAAACCAGAGGUGGACAACCUUCUUGCUGAACCAGGCAAGUGCAAUUCCAUAGUAGAUAGCCGAAGGAGAAACAAGGACUUGCUGAGCAGCCUCCCAGUGGAAGUGCUCAAGUACAUUGCAGGAUUUCUGGACAGCUUCAGUUUAUCUCAGCUAUCACAAGUGUCAGUGCUCAUGAGGGACAUCUGUGCCACUCUUCUUCAAGAGAGGGGAAUGGUCCUGCUGGUUUGGGAGAAAAAAAGAUAUUCCCAUGGCGGUACUUCUUGGAGAGCUCGCAAAAAGAUCUGGCAGUUCAGCAGCCUGUUCUCCAGAGUUCACAACUGGCAGCGCAGCGAUGUCCCAAGCAUGUCGGAGCACCUGAGGAAUUGUCCCUUCUACCAGGUGGAGCGCAGGACGGACCCCGUGCUGCUGACGGGCAUGAGUGAAUCUCGGGAGCAGACUCAAAAGACUUUGGUCUCUACUUUCAAGCACAGAGUCUGAACUUGCUUCCCCUCUGCCAUGCUUCCUCCAGGGGUCUUGAGAUGAAGA